AUGCCUCCAAAAUUCGACCCUACUGAAGUUAAGUUCCUUUACCUUAGAGCCGUUGGUGGUGAAGUUGGUGCUUCUUCUGCUUUGGCUCCAAAGAUUGGUCCUCUUGGUUUGUCCCCAAAGAAGGUCGGUGAGGACAUCGCUAAGGCCACCAAGGACUUCAAGGGUAUCAAGGUUACCGUGCAAUUGAGAAUCCAAAACAGACAAGCUACCGCUUCUGUUGUUCCAUCUGCCUCUUCCCUUGUUAUCACUGCCUUGAAGGAGCCACCAAGAGACCGUAAAAAGGAGAAGAACGUUAAGCACUCCGGUAACAUCCCAUUGGACCAAAUCUUCGAGAUUGCCAGACAAAUGAGAGAGAAGUCUUUCGGUAAGACUUUGGCCUCUGUCACUAAGGAGAUCUUGGGUACUGCCCAGUCUGUUGGCUGCCGUGUUGACUACAAGAACCCUCACGACAUCAUCGACGCCAUCAAUGCUGGUGAGAUCGAUGUUCCUGAGAACUAA